UGCUGUCUGCAUGAGCCUUUUUUUGUGAAACGCAGCUGUACUAGUUAUAUCCGUCAACUAACACUGCUUGUGAAUUGCAGGCUGUCGUUCCAGUAAUCGCCGGGCGAUUCGAAAGAGAUCGGAUUUGUCAUGUGGCAGUGUAUAUUUUGAUAGGAGGUUUGAAGGAUCGUCUGCUUUAGUGAAAAUUUUGGCGUUGCCAGGCCGUUCACUGCAUACCGUACUUAAGGCUUAACAAGAAAACACGCCUGGAGUGGAGAAACAAAAAAACAUUGUGCUCCUGCAUGCAUGGCUUUGCAAUGAGGCAGCACUAUGCAUAUGUUGGCACUGAGAAAGGGCUGUGAUAUACAUGUAAGUUACCAUUUAUCAGGUGUGUCAUGCCUCAUUUAAACGAGGACAUGAUAUUUGGGACUCCUCCAGAACCACAUUUUAACCACAAGUCAUUGUCACUGUCAGCCCCUCUCCUGGAGGAGUGGCUGACAGUCUUGUCAGAAGAGAAUUGUCGGAGAGUCAGCUCAGCAGAUCCCAGACAACUUUUGUUCAGGAAAGGCCAUGCAUCUGAGGUCAUAUUCUUGGUGUGUGAUAAACUACGUCUUAGAAAUGAUGCAAAGUACAUAGCUGUGGAGCUGUUUAACAGGUUUAUGAUUCAGCAUGUUAAGGAUCUGUACAAGCAUGUAUGUGAGUCAUCCAGCAGAACAAAGAGGAAGGAUUGGUUGGGCAUCAUGGAACGAGUUCAAAACCAGCUCAUCUUGCGGAUUCUGUCCUGCUGUCAGCUUGCCAGUAAACUCUCCUCACAUUACAGGGUUGUUACCGUGGCAAGAGUGCAGAGAUUCCUUGCAGGCAACGGGCAGCGGUACACGAGUGAAAGUCUUCUCAAGUCAGAGCUGCGGGUGUUGAAAACACUGGACUUUAAAGUGAACGUCAUGUCACCUCUCACGUACCUCGAGUGCUUGUUGGAAAUCAUAGGUCACAAUGAACCAGGGACAGAGGUGAAAGUGUAUCAUGGUGUGAGUGUUAAACUGCUGGACCUGGUGUACAUGAAGCAUGAAGAGAUCUUCAACAGGCUAUAUCAGACAGCCACUCAUCACUCCAGCAUCUCUCCAGCAGAUAGGGAGAAACUGGCUGGUGUGGAGGCAGAUAAGAUGCUGUUGGCCGUAGGAAUAAUCACAGCUUCUGUUUUCAUUAUUGAUCAGGGACAAGUUGAAAAGGUACUUCUGGCUUUAGAAAAAAUUUCACAGAUUCCUCAAGAAGAUAUAAUGGAUUUUUGUACAGUGUUGGUGACAACAGUAGCUAAAGGAGGAAUGAUUUAGCCCAGCCAGCAACGUUUGGACGUAGGUUGUAUAUGGUGACAUGCACAUAGGUAAGAGGUUGAGUUUGAACAUCCACAUUUAGGAUAUACUCCCACUAUUCCUACAUGCAGAUGCAUUAUUGUGACAUAGUUGGUAUGUGUUACAAUUUGUCCAAGGGCAGCGGGAUGUGGCCAAGUGGUUAAGAUGCUAGUCCUACAAUUCCCAGAAGAAAGGAUGUUAGAUGUUCCCCUGCAGACAUUCUUAGGGCAUUGACGCAAUGAAUCAGUUAACAGCCGUAAUGUUGCCGUGUAAGAGUACAAGCACAGUGGUAUUAUUCACCCAACAUCUUCUUGUGGGAACAUCUUCUUGUGGGAACAUCUUCUUACUUAUGAAUAUUUGUGCUGUUCCAUUGUAUUUGUAACGUAUGAAGUAUCAAAAUAUUGGUGGAACACGCUGUUAGUUUUCUUUGAAAUAUAGUAACAAAAGCACUCUCUUCAUUUUAGUGAUUGUGAUAAGAUAUUAGAUUUUUGUAAGCCGUUAAGAGAUGUAUUUAACUCAUUGUUGUUUUAGUUAUAUUUUACAACAUCAAAGACACUUGUGAGAUGUAAAAAUAUUAUAUAUGAGACCACACAGGGUUUCACAGUUAUUCAGCAUACGGCCCUCUGAUAAAUGCCACAUAUUAGGUUAAUCUCAACCCAAUGCAUUGUUUCCGAGAUAAAAAGUCCAAUAUUCUGUGAUAUAGUUUUGUGCCAAGCCAAUCUGUGAUACAAGCCAUUUCCAGUUUAUACAGUUGUACCAGCUGUAUUGUAGUUAUUGUUACAUGUUGUUAUGUAGAACUUAUCCAGAUGUUAUGUAGAACUUAUACAGAUGUUUUGUAUAACUUAUUCUGAUGUUAUGUAUAGCUUAUUCCGAUGUUAUGUAUAACUUAUUCUGAUGUUAUGUAUAACUUAUUCUGAUGUUAUGUAUAACUUAUUCUAAAGUUAUCAAAUAGACUGAAUUUACAAGAUGAUCAAAGGGCUUGCGUUAUGUAUUCUGAAACAUUUUUUAACAGUGUACUGUGACUGGGUGAGAUGGCUUGUCUUUUCUUGGUAUAUUGUGACGGAAUGGAAUGUCUUGUCUGGUGACAGUAUACUGUGGCUGAGUGGGACGUCUUGUCUAGUGUCAGUAUAUUUUGUUGGGUAUCAUGUGGUGUUGUGACUGGAUGGGGUGUCUUGUGUGGUCUCAGUGACCCAUGACUGGGUGGGAUGUUCUGUCUGCUGUCAGUAUACUGUGACUGAGUGGGAAGUCUUGUCUGAUCGUGUUAUAUUGUGACAGAGUGGGAUGUAUUUUCUGGUGUCAGUAUACUGUAACAGAGUGGGAUAUAUUUUCUGGUGCCAUUAUACUGUGACAGAGUGGGAUGUCUUUGCUGGUGCCAGUAUACUUUGACAGAGUAGGAUGUCUUUCUGUUGUCAGUAUACUGUGACUGGGUGGGAUGUCUAAUGUGGUAAUAGUGUACUGUGACUGGGUGGGAUGUCUAAUGUGGUGAUAGUGUACUGUGACUGGGUGGGAUGUCUAAUUUGGUGUCAGUAUGCUGUGAUUGGAUGGGAUGUCUAAUGUGGUGUGGGUAUACUGUGAGUGGAUGGAAUGUCUAAUGUGGUGUGGGUGUACUGUGACUGUGCGAGAUUCCUAAUGUGGUGAAAGUGUACUGUGAAUGGGUGGGAUGUUUAAUGUAGUGAUAGUAUACUGUGGCUGGGUGGGAUGUCUUUUAUGGUGUCAGUAUACUGUGACUGGGUGGAAUGUCAAAUGGGGUGUCAGUAUACUGUGACUAGGCAGGAUGUCUAAUGUGGUUAUAGUAUACUGUGAUUGGGUGUUAUGACGAAGGUGGUAUCAGUACACUGUGACUGGGUGGGAUGUGUUGUGUGGUGUCAGUAUACUGUAAUUGGGUAUGAUUUAUUUGGUGUCAGUAUACUGUGACUGGGUAUGAUUUAUUUGGUGUCAGUAUUCUGUGACAGGGUGGGAUGUCUAAUGUGGUGUGGGUAUACUGUGAGUGGAUGGAAUGUUUAAUGUGGUGUGGGUGUACUGUGACUGUGCGAGAUUCCUAAUGUGGUGAAAGUGUACUGUGAAUGGGUGGGAUGUUUAAUGUAGUGAUAGUAUACUGUGGCUGGGUGGGAUGUCUUUUAUGGUGUCAGUAUACUGUGACUGGGUGGAAUGUCAAAUGGGGUGUCAGUAUACUGUGACUAGGCGGGAUGUCUAAUGUGGUUAUAGUAUACUGUGAUUGGGUGUUAUGACUAAGGUGGUGUCAGUACACUGUGACUGGGUGGGAUGUCUUGUGUGGUGUCAGUAUACUGUGACUGGGUAUGAUUUAUUUGGUGUCAGUAUUCUGUGACAGGGUGGGAUGUCUUGUGUGGUGUCAGUGUACCAUGACUGGGUGGGAUGCCUUGUGUGGUGUCAGUAUGCCAUAAAUGGAUAUGAUUUAUUUGGUGUCAGUAUACUGUAACUGCGUAUGAUUUAUUUGUUGUCAGUACACUGUGACUGGGUGGAAUGUCUUGUGUGGUGUCAGUAUACUGUGACUGGGUGGGAUGUCUUGUGUGGUGUCAGUAUACUGUGACUGGACAGGAAUCUAAUGUUGUGAUAAUUAAAUGUGAAUGGGUAGGAUGUCUAAUGUGGUCACAGUAUACUGUGACUGGGCGGGAUGUCUUGUGUUUUGUCAGUAUACUGUGGCUGGGCAGAAUGUCUAAUGUGGUGAUAGUGGAAUGUGAAUGGGUAGGAUGUCUAAUGUGGUCACAGGAUACUGUGACUGGGCGGGAUGUCUUGUGUUUUGUCAGUAUACUGUGGCUGGGCAGAAUGUCUAAUGUGGUGAUAGUGGAAUGUGAAUGGGUAGGAUGUCUAAUGUGGUCACAGGAUACUGUGACUGGGCGGGAUGUCUUGUGUUUUGUCAGUAUACUGUGGCUGGGCAGAAUGUCUAAUGUGGUGAUAGUGGAAUGUGAAUGGGUAGGAUGUCUAAUGUGGUCACAGGAUACUGUGACUGGGUUGGAUGUCCUGUGUCGUGUCAGUACACUGUGACUGGGUGGGAUGUCUUGUGUGGUGUCAGUAUACUGUGACUGGGCAGGAUGUCCUAUGUGGUGAUAGUGGAAUGUGACUGGGUGGGAUGUCUAAUGUGGUCACAGUAUACUGUAACUGGGUAUGAUUUAUUUGGUGUGAUGUCAGUAUACUCUAACAGAGUGAGAUGUCUUUCUGGUAAACAUACUGUGACUGGGUGGGAUGUCUUGUGUUUUGUCAGUAUACUGUGACUGGGUGGGAUGCCUUUUUAAGGUUACCACGCCAAAUUUACCAGGAUAUAAAGCUACAUGUGCAUAUGGGGUGUGAAUUAGGGAUCAAAAUAUUUCUAUAUUUAUUUGAUUGGCUAACAAAAUGUUGACUUUCGGGGUCUGGAGAGGUAUGAGAAAAAAAAACUUAUUUUUUACAUGGCCUCAUAUACCGUGACAGCUGUUUUAUAGCAUGGUUAUUGUUACAUACAGUAUUGCAAGCGUUCGCCUGAAAACCAUGGUUGCCUAUCAACAAAGAAUCAGAUAUGUUUGUUUAGAAAUACAGUUUUUCUUGUUCCAGAUAUAAUAUUGAUUACGAUGUAAACUCGACGGUUAGAAAACAGAUGUGCACUAUGUUCGUACUCCAUUUGCUCAUAUAUAUCAUCUUUUUCCUAACCGCUAUAUUUUGAGUUUUGUGUUACGAUAGUAACCCUGAAAAUCCAUACUAAUUCAGAACAAUGCAAUCCUGAGAGGACGCAUUAACUAAAAAUAAAAUAUUUUUUUAUCAAGCAAAGCACGUGUAUAUAGUACUGGUAGCUCUUGUACGAAUGCAGAAUGAACGAUCACAAUUUACAUCUGAUCCGAUAUGUAGGAUUAAAAUUUUGUCAAUGCAAGAAACUUAAAAGAAACUUAAACUACCUUUAAAUAUAAGCGCCAAGUCCGACAUUCCUAUACCAUUCGUACAUCUAAUACGUACAUCAUCGGGUAAAUGUAAAUCUUGCAUUUACGUGAUGAUGGAUUGACUUCAUUAUUGCCGUUGAAACCACAUACGACAAAGAAUCUACAGCAGUAUAUAAUACAUUUAAAUCUCCCUGGUAUAGAAUUUGUGCAGAGCUGUGUAUUGCUUAUUGUAGUCUGAGUAUAUUAGUUCAAUUAUAUUCGAAGUAUUAUUUUAACUCUUUUUUUUAAAUCAUCAAUAAACCAAAGCUGUCCCCAGUAUUACCCUCGUACACAACUUACACCCGACCCAGAUGGCUUGUGUUGCUGCCAGCAGUAAUUCUCUGCAGACUUGACGCGCCAGUUAUGGCGUGUUACUGAAUGGUGUUGUUAACACUUAGAACUAAUUACGUUGCCCUGGGUCGAAAUAACACCAUUUGAAGAUUACGCAACCAGUUAAUGGUAUGGAUGCCAAUUUGCAUAUCUGAGUUGAGUGUUUCUUGUGCUUCCAAAACUCCGAAGACGGACUCUUUCUUCUAUCUGCCUAUUACGUGGAAAGAGUUCUGUUUUCAAAGGAUUAGCUUUGGGAUUAACCAAAUUUUUAAGACGUAACGAAGAGCUGAGUGUGAAUUCAAAGCUGAAAUAACUAUUUAGUCUUCCCAAAGGUGACAUGUUGUACAUGGAAGUAUAUGAAACUGUCUUCAACCAUUACCAUCUUGUGGUUCGUCAUGUGUUUGAGAAUGCUUUAAAGACAGGAAAACAAUAUGCCCAAAUUUCUAAUUUUCAGAACGACAAGUAAGCUGAUUUAAACGUAGCUAUUUUCCGUUACAGCUUUUUUGCCCAUCACUCUCUUCAAUGGAUUCUCUCUACAUUUAGCUGUUGCUUCUAUUCGUACUUAAUAAUCAUCAUUUUGUAAGCCUGCCGUUUAGUUAAAUAUUUUGUCUCAUACCUACAUGGCCCAUACCUACAUACCUACAUACCUACAGGCCCAUAUGCUUUGUAAGUCUUUAAUUUACAUGCCAUAUGUCGAUUGGAGUCUUAAUCAUAUUGUAGAUCGUAACAUUACCUUUUUCAGAUUAAUCGUUAUUGGAGUUACAAAUAACCUCACAAUCUGGUCAAACAAAGAAAUUCAGUGAGCUAUACUAAUUUGGUACGUAUAGUAAAAUCCCUGUAUACUAUUGGACAAAUAUAGCCAAAGAUAUGUUUCUUCGCUAUUCACAACUGGUACAAUAUAUGGAUAACCUGCGUUGAAAAAGACAUACUCUUAUAGCGCAUGUGCCGCGCUCUACGCUCGCUUUACAUCACUCUCACCUCCAGACAAGUUUGACUUGUAGGCUUGAAUGUGUAGGCCUAGCUUCACCACCGUCCUCGUGCGGAACUAUUUAAUCAGCAUUCAGCAGUAAAACUGUUUCAGGUGUUGGUUAGAAUCAUGUUGUGCAAACUUUAGACACCGGUACAGAGAAUGCAUGUGUAUAAAAUAUUAUUUGAUACAAAGGUUGAGACAGGUUUUAUUUUUCGGACAUUACUUCUUGCCUCAUCAGCGUGACCCCAGUGACCUUGACGUUGUUCAAGACUUCUGUACAAAUUUUGCGAGUGGUGGCUGUGAUGUAGUGGUGAUGGCGGUGAUGUACAGCAAGCUUAUGGAAAGACCGAUGCGCUGUUAGGUGUAGGCCAUGCCUUAAAUCCCGUCCAUUUUUGUACAGGCACACGCCAAACGCCGAAAACCUCUGGGUAAAAGCGGCCACCAUUGAACAGCAGUGGCCAUUGCUCACGCCGAAUGAGACAUAUUUGAUUUCUUUUACAUCACUGAUCCAGAAACGAACUGAACGCAGUGGUUAGUAUGGAGGGGUGAGGAGGGAAAUGUUAUAACUAUGCUGCCAGUGAUAUAGCGCUGUGGAGUUUAGCUCUCAAUGAGCGGUACGGACCAUUUAUUAGAAAUUGUUUACAGCGUGCGAUGGUCUCCCUUUCCCUCUGUGUGGUCUCAUUUAGUCAUUAAUAUGAUGGAUCUAAUGUAAUCCAUUUUAUAUUCAGGUCAUUUUAUGUUUAUGACCUACAUCAAGCACCAGUUUACACAUCUUACCAUAUAUAAAAUCUUAUCUUCCUCGUAGAUAGCAUCGACGUAUGUAAUGUUUUACCAUGAGAGGCAUUUCAAGAAAACCACAUAUACUUAGUUUUUCUAGCAGUAAUCAUUGGAAGAUUCUGAUUGAAACGCUCGACCUAUUUGGUCACGAGAUAUUGUCUGCACGGAGGCUACACUUGCAGACCACCAUAAUCACGGAGUUUGUCACGGUAGCCUGUAGAACAUACCUACUCGUUACGCUUUAUAAGAUCACAAAGUAUUUUCUAGUUUGUUUAAACCUGAUGACCUGUGUGCCAACGAGUCCAGGGAAUUGAUUUUGAGAGAUACAGGCCAAAAUUAAGAAGAUGUAGAACGAAGAGCAACAAGUCUGCCUGCCCCAUUUCCUGUCGAUAGGGAUCUGAGAGAGUGUCGCAAACUUGGCUAUCUGUUGACAUCAUUGCCUACAGUGUACUUAGUUUGCAUUCAGAGGACGUUCAGUAAGCCGCUCUGACAACGCCCAACUGUCCCAUAUGACAAUUGUGAAGCCUACCGCGACAAACGCUAUCCGAUAUAUAUCAUGAACUCUUGUUAACUUUCAGAUAUCGCUUUGAAAUGCCGAUCAUGUGUCCUUAAAACAUAGAGGGCACCUAUUACAGGCACAGGCAGGUACAGGAAGAGCCCAUGGUGAAUUAUGUCCGAUGAUAGAAUUAUCUUUAUAUCUAUCAAAGUCCAAUUUGGUGACAAAAAGAAAUUAUGACAAAUUUAUAAAUAAACGCAAAGCUAUAUGUAUGUA